GGUUGCUGACGGGAGUGUCCUUGAGUGGUGAAGCUCCUAUGUUGUCCAUGCUCCAAUAAAUAGCCCUGAGCUCGUGCCAGCAACCCGAAUACGUGGCCGGACGAAUGGACACAGCAACCAGUUUUCACAGAUGCUCUCCAGAGAAGUAGUUCCAACCCAAUGUGCAGGAGAAUCAUCAAAACAACCUGGGGAAGUGUGUGGCGGUCCCGAGCCCCGCCCUCAAGUGGCAGGCUGUCAUCCCCCCCCCUCGUCACGUGUUGGCGGCUAGCCAAUCAUCCAGGGUGGGCGGGGGAGAAAUGGAAUGGGGCGCUUACCCUGUGUAUCUUUUUGACUGACCUUAGGUCAGUUCUCGUGGCCUCCUGUCGCACAGCGGAGCCGGUCCUGAGCAGCGCCAGCAGGCUUCAGAGGCGGACGCCAUGGCGGAGACCUUCCGGGCGAGCGAACACCAGCAUAUACGCUACAACCCGCUCCAGGACGAGUGGGUGUUAGUGUCAGCCCAUCGCAUGAAGCGGCCCUGGCAAGGACAAGUGGAGCCCCAGCUUCUGAAGACGGUGCCCCGCCACGACCCACUCAACCCUCUGUGUCCCGGGGCCACACGAGCUAAUGGGGAGUAGGUGAAUCCCCCCUAUGAUGGCACCUUCCUGUUUGACAAUGACUUCCCGGCUCUGCAGCCCGAUGCUCCGGAUCCAGGACCCAGUGACCACCCUCUCUUCCGAGCAGAGGCCGCCAGAGGAGUUUGUAAGGUCAUGUGCUUCCACCCCUGGUCGGAUGUGACGCUGCCACUCAUGUCUGUCCCUGAGAUCCGAGCUGUCAUCGAUGCAUGGGCCUCAGUCACAGAGGAGCUGGGUGCCCAGUACCCUUGGGUGCAGAUCUUUGAAAACAAAGGAGCCAUGAUGGGCUGUUCUAACCCCCAUCCCCACUGCCAGGUUUGGGCUAGCAGUUUCCUGCCAGAUGUCGCCCAGCGUGAGGAGCGAUCCCAGCAGACCUAUUACAGCCAGCAUGGAAAACCUUUGUUAUUGGAAUAUGGUCACCAAGAGCUCCUCAGGAAGGAACGUCUAGUCCUAACCAGUGAGCACUGGAUAGUUCUGGUCCCCUUCUGGGCAGUGUGGCCUUUCCAGACACUUCUGCUGCCCCGGCGGCAUGUGCGGCGGCUACCUGAGCUGACCCCCGCUGAGCGUGAUGAUCUAGCCUCCAUCAUGAAGAAGCUCUUGAUCAAGUAUGACAACCUAUUUGAGACAUCCUUUCCCUACUCCAUGGGCUGGCAUGGGGCUCCCACGGGAUUAAAGACUGGAGCCACCUGUGACCACUGGCAGCUCCACGCCCACUACUACCCCCCACUCCUGCGAUCCGCUACUGUCCGGAAGUUCAUGGUCGGCUAUGAAAUGCUUGCCCAGGCCCAGCGUGACCUCACUCCCGAACAGGCUGCAGAAAGAUUAAGGGCGCUUCCCGAGGUACACUAUUGCCUGGCGCAGAAAGACAAGGAAACGGCAGCCAUCGCUUGACUGUGACCACAUCAGGGCCUUGAGUCUUUUUGUACCUGACAGACCUGGGACCUGGAGUUCGGGCAGAUGUGACAUCAAUAAAACUGCGUCUCACGUUUUAACCGUGUUUUCUGACACCAGAGGAGUGUGGACUCUUACAUUCUGGAGUCUGGGUAAAGGCUAAGUGUGACUCCAAACACUCUUGCCUACGGACUUUGAAAAAUUUUGGUGCAAGAAUCCCCAUUCACCAAGGCAGACGUGGUGGUGUGUGCCUGUGAUUCCGCCACAUUGGAGGCUGGAUAAGGACUGUGAAUUUGAGGCCAGUGUGGGUUACUUAGCAAGACGUAGUCUCUGAAACCAAAGCCAAGCUGGAUCUCGUGUUACAGGUCUGUAAUCCUGGCUCCCCAGGGCACUGAGGCAGGAGGAUUGCAAAUUCAUGGCUAGCAUGGGUAACUUGGUGAGACUGUCUGGUAUAAAGGACCCGUGAAAUAGGCCAGUGAUAGAGUGUGUGUCUGACACACGUAAGGCCCCAUGUUCAGCCCUAAGUAUAGAGUAGAAAAGUCUACCUCUGCUCUCCGAACGAACAAUAUUCAGUAUUGUUUCUAGUCCUCUUCACUUGUGAUAUAGGUAGCAUGCUAAUUUAGGAGACUAUUUUAAAAAUCUUGUGUUCUUAGCUUGGCAGCGUCUACCGGAAGGCCAGAGCCGUUUGUAUCACUGAGCCCGUUGUCAGCUCAAGCCUGAGCCUCAAAGUUUGGUGGAGAGAGGGUGAGCAGAGUCCUAGUCCCAUGGUCACCCCAGACACUGGGCUGCUGGCCAGAACCCUGGUUUUGUGAGUGGCCACAGCCAGACGCUGCUCCAGACCACAGGGGCUAAAGGGGCGGGUUGGGAGCGUGCGUGUGGCUUUGUGUUCUUGGCUUCCUGGAUUUCCAUGUGCGGCAGAUGUGGCUUCAGCACUGUACCUAUGCUACAAGAAUUGCACGGAGCAGAUGACGGCGCUCAGGAUGGCGAGGACAGCCAGAGAGAGAGCCCCAGGGCCUAGAAUGAUGUUGAAUCCACCUCCUCUCUGGAUCUGUUUUUCCUUGCCAUAGUGGAGGAACUACGGGGCGUUUGAUGUUUGAGACCAGAUACCACUUGGUGGUCUCCAAAUUCUAAAGCAAAUGUAAGAGCUAUGACAGA